GCAUGAAUCCUACUUUGAAUCCAUGUGACAACCAAGACAAAUCUUACAAAAGUUGUAAACAUGAUUUACAAGCAUUUACUUUUUACCACAAUAGUCAGAUUAAAAUACAAUUAUUCUGGAAGCAAAUGUCAGACAGUUACGUGAAACCCUAUACUUACUUAGUAAAGUGGAGACCAGUCAUGUGUGACAAUAAUGACACCUUCUUGGGGGGAAAAGCAGUUGUGAAGGGUCCGAGUUACAUAAUUACUGACCUCCAGUUUGCAUGCACAUAUAAAGUAACAGCACGGCCAUUCACCCUUCAGGGACCAUUGGUUGAAGAGGUGAUAUUUGCAAAAACACCCAAGUGCAACAACAUGAAAGUUAAAAGGCUGAAAGAUGCACGAUGUCCAAAACUGGGGCGCCACCGUCUGUCCAGAAGUCUGAUGCAUAGAUCUGUAAAAUUAAGAGCAGUCUUCCAGAAUGUGAAUGGGAAAAUUAAAGGAGAAUUUCACUGGAAAGUUUUGCAAACUGAUGACUUCUUCUCCAUCAAAAGCUUUCUAUUUAGCUGGGCAGAGAUGUCACAAACUGCUGCAUCGUACAACACACUCACACUUCCAGCUGUAACUGGAUAAAAUAUAUGCACAGCAGUUAAAGGGGUUUUCCAGGAGUAGAAUAUUGAUGACCCUACUGUAAGUCAAUAUCUGAUUGGUGGGCACUGCCAUCAGUCAGCAGUCUGAAGAGCCUAUGGCGCUCCAAAGAGCAUUGGUACCUUCUCACUGGUUACCAAGCACAGCGCUGUACGUUGUAUUGCAGUUAUAAUUGGUAUUGUAGCUCAGGCCCGUUGUCUUGAAUAGGACUGAGCUGUGCCUAGGCCACAGGACCGAUGAAUGUGAUGUCACUGGCCUAGGAUGGGGCUGCAGCACUCACUGGAGCAAUAUAGCCUCUUAAAACAGCUGAUUCGGCAGGAAGAAUAGCUAUUCUUCCCAUCAAAAUGAUAGAGUACACAACAGAACCCAAUGGAUCCCAUUAUAAGGAUUUAAUGGGCACUUUUAGUAUCUGUAUCUGGCUAUGCAUUGUGAAAAACUAUGGUGGUCAUUUAUGAAUA